GUAAAAACGUAAAAAAAUAUAAAAAUGAAAAUAUCAAUUAUAUUUGUUUUAACUGUAAUUUACGUCGCGCAUUCAUUCUCAGUUUACGAUACGAUUCUAGAAGAAUGGCAGCUAUUCAAGACAAUGUAUCGCAAGAACUACGCUAAUUUCGAGGAAAAAGUGCGAUUUAACAUUUACAUGGAAAAUCGCAAGAAGAUCGCUGAACACAACAAAAAGUUUGAAGGUGGUGAAGUGACUUUCUCGAUGGCUAUCAAUCGUUUCGGCGACAUGACAAGCUACGAGGUCUCGCGUAAAAUGAACGGCUUCAACAAAACGGCUCGAACGAAACAAGUCGAGGAAUAUGUGGAGCCGAGUGAGUUGGCCGAAGGAGCCACGUUUAUCGAACCGGCGAACGUCGAGUUGCCGAACCAAAUUGAUUGGCGAAAGCAGGGUGCUGUGAGUCCGAUCAAAGAUCAAGGCGAGUGCGGUAGCUGCUGGGCGUUUUCUUCGACAGGUGCGCUGGAAGGUCAGCACUUCCGUCGCAACGGCACUCUGAUCUCGCUGAGCGAGCAGAAUCUCGUCGACUGCUCGGGACGAUAUGGUAACAAUGGCUGCGACGGCGGUUUAAUGCAAUUCGCGUUCGCAUACGUCAAGGCCAAUCGCGGCAUCGACACAGAGAAGAGCUACCCUUACGAAGGUGAGGACGACGCGUGCCGUUACAAUCCACGCAAUAGGGGCGCCGACGACGUGGGAUACGUCAGCAUACCCAGGGCGAGAGAAGACAAGUUGCAAGCUGCCGUGGCUACUGUUGGUCCUAUCUCCGUCGCCAUCGAUGCCGACAGCGAUGAUUUCAUAUUUUACGAAUCAGGGAUAUUCUACAGCAACGAGUGCUCGUCGGUGAUGCUCGACCACGCAGUCUUGGCAGUCGGCUACGGCACGGACAAUAAGACCGGCAAGGACUAUUGGCUGGUCAAGAACAGUUGGGGCGAAGACUGGGGCGAGAAGGGCUACGUGCGUAUGUCGCGCAAUCGCCAUAACAACUGCGGCAUCGCCACAUCAGCUAUUUAUCCGCUCGUCAAGUAAUAAAGUCGCACCGCAGGAUAAUUGAUCACCGCUCGUACCUCGCUAUCUGCAUAUUCACACUUAUCGACUUGUCAUUUUCGUAUUGUAACAUAUACGUGCCUUGA